AUGGCUCGCACGGGCGGGAAGCGAGCUGCAAAGUCGACAGUGCCUUCCACCCCCUCCUCAAGUUCAAAGACACAGUCCAAUACUCCUUCGGGUCCUCCUGCGCCCUUCCAAUAUGCCCCGGCCUCUCUCCUACCGUUCGUCUCUACACUGCCUACCGACCAUAUAUACCUUGUCCAUUUUGACAACACCCCGGCCAGCUUGAAGAAGCGAGUCUUCCUCGUACCUGUACUCCUCAAUCUUGUCAUCAUUCUUGGGCUCUGCAUCCGCGUCUACUAUGCGGCACCCGUGUAUCUUGAGCAAUUGAUUACGAUUUUUGGCUAUGACACAUCCUACAAAGUCGAUACCAAAACGGCCAGGGCCGGCGAACUCAUGAAUGCAGUCAGCUCUAGGACAUUUCUGUUAAUGGUCGACUAUGCCAUUUUUGUGCUGAUCGGCAGCUGGCCCCGAGAGUUCUUCUUCGGCAGUAGGACUUCCAGAUUUGCAGGCCCGUGGCAAUGGCGGUGGACUCUAGGUUUCCAAGAUACCGAGAUCAUUGUCCGAAGAGGGAGAAGGUGGGAUACCCCGUUGCUCGUGGAAGAUACGCCAGAUCAAGUAAAAAGCUGGAAGAUUGAUGAAGAAUUGACCAUAAAAGUCAAAGUCGAAGCUGCCAUGCGGACGUCGUACCUUGCGAAGACGGGAUACCUCCUUCUAGACAAAGACUGGGACUUGGACUUCAAGGCUAUGCUGGACGCUCAGAGGUUGGUACAGAAAGGGGCUGUUCAAGCCGAGGAUCUAGAGCAUUUGACGCUGGUCCAUUAUCAGAAAAAAUGGCUGGUCUGGCGAGUGCAUGAACUGCCCCAGGCUGGCCUGAAAGACAAGCCGCAAGACGACAUGCUGGAGAUAUUCAUGAGCAAGCUUGCAGUGCUAGGAGCUGAAGACGUCUUCUACCGCUGGAUUGAAAUUGUGCAGUUUGAAACGUCGCAACCAGGAGGCUUCACCGAAGGACGUCAGGCUGAGGCGCUUCGAGAACUGAAGAGUCUCCUGACUAAAAAGAAGGUUGACUAUGCUGCAUUUUGGGAGGAAAUUGGUGGGCAGGCUGGGUUGCCAGGAUUUGGUCCUCAGGCCUGA